GGGCGCCCUCCUCUUCUCUCCUCGCCUCCUCUUCCUCAGCUCCUAUUAAUGGCCGGCCCGUGGCUCCCGCCUUCGCCUUGCCCACCCACGGCGGACCAUGCCCUGCUCGCCCAUCCUGGUGGACGCCUUGAGCGCCUUCCUGGCCGCGCUGGGGCUCCUGCACCUGCGUCGGAACAGCCGGCGCCCCAUUCGCUACGGGAAGCAUGAGCAGGAGGAGGAGGAGGAGGAAAGGGAGGAGGAAGGCAAGCCGAAGCGGCGGCGAGAGGGUCCGGCGUCGGGGCAGGGCGCCCACUUGCCUGCCCGCUGCGCUUGGUUCCUGCAGGAGUUGCCCGCCUUCCUGGUGCCGUCGCUGCUGCUGGCUUCCCGCGCCUCCCCGCGCCUGGCGCCCCUCGGGUGCAGGAUGCUGCUGGGCAUGUUCUGCGGGCACUACUUCUACAGGACAUUCAUUUAUUCAUUCCUUACAAGAGGAAGGCCUUUCCCACUGAAGACGCUGUAUUUUGGUAUCCUGUUCUGUACCUACAAUGGCUUCCUGCAAGGUUACUACAUGAUUUACUGUGCUGAAUACCCUGAUGACUGGUGCAACAGCCUAAGAUUUACAUCAGGUCUCUUGUUGUUUCUGUCUGGCAUAGGAAUCAAUAUCCACAGUGAUCACAUUCUGCGCCAGCUAAGGAAACCUGGAGAGCUCACAUACAAAAUUCCACAAGGAGGACUCUUUGCAUACAUAUCAGGAGCAAAUUUCUUCGGUGAGAUACUAGAAUGGUUUGGCUAUGCUGUAGCAACCUGGUCGUUUCCUGCCUUUGCCUUUGCCCUUUUCACACUCUGCUGCAUUGGGCCACGUGCUUACCACCACCACAGGUACUAUGUUAGGACAUUCAGCAGCUACCCAAGAUCAAGAAAAGCCUUGAUUCCAUUCAUAUUCUAAAAGGCAGUUCUCUGGAUUUUUUUUUCCUCUGUGUUUGUCCAUUUACUAUCUAACUUAUGUAUUAGUAAGUGCAAAAUGCCAUUGUAUAUUUCAAAAGAAAUAUGUUAUUGUGUUAUAUUAUCCUGCAUUGGUUGUUGGUUCUGUACAUAGAUAAUAUAUGCUUAAGACAAAUGGAUGUCAAGACCAAAUUACAGGCCACAGACGGUUCUGUGACUUUGUUUCUAAUGUUGUUUGAACAAACUGUACUCUUCAAAGCUGUAAUCUUGUACACAGCAACAGUGUGGUUAAGUAUGUAAACAUUUUCCACUGCACUAUUUUUCUUCAUAAUGGCUCGCCUGCUGUUUUCCUUGCUACAAGAGAAAGAGAUUAUAUCUUUGCAUCUUUUCUCUGGUAGAUGGAAAAUAUCUGGAGGAUUUGUCCUGUGCAGACUGCAAAGAAGAAAUCAUGGGGCUGCUAGGAUGCACUUGAGGCAAAGCAGAUCUAGCCUCAGCAGGCUGAGCUAGAAUUACAAGACCUUGGAUGGGUUCUCAUCCAGUUUUUGCAUCAGCAGUCACUUAAAAGCCUUUUAUUCUCCUCCCUGUCUAUGACCAUUCUUCAAUAAUUGGAAGCCUCAAAGUCUGAAGCCUAUGACCCUGUAAUCUCCCACACUGGUGAGCAGGCCAUGGGGAAUCAGGGCCUCUUGUGUAAAGGGAAUAACAAAAAAAUCAUUUUUGAAUUACAACUCAUAAAAUUCUCCAGCCAGUCUGGCUCCUUCCCAGGUGUUGCAAUCCAAAAAAUAUAUUUUUCAAGCUCUGGGUCUUCAGGGGUAGAGCUCUCUUUUCAGGAGAGUCACCAUUCAAGGUUCUUUAAUGGAAGGUGCCUGAGAUCAAUUGGCACAUGCUCUGGAGACAGGAGGUAGUAGACAUACCUCUGUUAUUUGCAGCACUGGUUCGUCUGAUCUAAUAGGAUAUUACUCCUUUUUGUCAGGUGUUGUCUGGCAGUGAAUCCAAUCCAGGUGUUUACCUGUAUUUUAUAUGAAUUCUCUAAGAUGCUGAACUCUAUAGGUUCAGCACAGCAGAUCACUUAUUUGGACUGAAACCCAGAAUAGACUCAUGAUUCCAUGAGCCAUUCAUAGUCAUUGCCCAGGAUCACAUCAAGAGGGUGGAGAACUUUCAUAGGACAGGAAAAAGGUUGAGAAGGCCUCUCUAACACUUCCUUCACUCCAGUUGCCUGAUCUCUCCAUGAUUCUUGAAGAUGUACUUUUCAUUAGAAAUCACAAUGAUGGCAAACCUGAAAGGAGAAAAAAAUCAUUACAAACAUGCAGUUUGCCCCUUCAUUAUGCAAAGAAUAACUGUCUAUGAGCAUGUUUUUUUCCAAAUCUUUGUUGCUAAGACUGAUGGUCAGGACUGCUGCUUUUGAGAUGGAAGAAUAACUGGAUUUUUAUCAAUUCCUGUCUCCAGGUGCUUCAGGAGGCAUUGUAUUUAAGAAUCUUCCAUUAGGAAACAAAUCUGUUGCUGGGACAUAUGUUUACUCAUAGCCCUUUAAUCAUGCUCCUGUGUUCCCUUCCAUAAAGACCAAGAUAUAAUUCCAAAACUGCUAUUUAAUUCCAAGACCUCUUGAUGAUGUGAAUAAUUUUUCAGACAGACUGGAACUAACUACAUUUGAGAAAGAGUGUAGUGUUCCAAAAGCACACACAUCAUUUAAUUGGAUCUGUCAUUCCCUUGUAAAACAUAGUUCAUGAACUGAAUAGGAAGUCAAAUAAAUAACAAAACAGUGAUUGAAAGUAUUACAAACUCAGACUUCAGUUAUGCUAAAAAGUUUGUUCAGCACUGUUUUAGCAGAACCCUGUCGUAGUAUGUGUGAUGCCCCAUGGGCCUUGUAGUCCUGUUCCUAGUACUUGUUUUUAUUGCUUUUAUACAUUUCCUUAAUAAAGAUAUUAGAUAGAGACUGGCCUCCGUGUAUGGUGCCCAGCUGCCUGGGGUCUGACAGUAUUCUAGAUCAUCCCAUGUGUGAGUUUGUUUGUGGUGUGUUUCUGUUUAUUCGUGAUCUCUUCAGGAUAGCCUCUGUUUCAGAUGAUAUGCGUUUCUUGUAUUUGAAACAUAUGUUUUUGUUUAUAUUGAAAGUCAAAGCAAAUUAUGUGCUCAACCAAAAUAAAAUAUAAUAAAUCAUCUAAAAAUCACUUAGCACUUUGUAAAAUAAAGCAAGUCUUGCCUUGUAGGCAUGCAUUCUAAGAUUUAUGGCAAACAUAUUUGGAAAAAAGUAGAGGAAAAAAUUUAAUUAGGUUAAGAAAUAUUAGCAUAUCAAGCUGUUGAUCUUAUGCAAUGGUUCUCAACCUGGGGUCCCCAGAUGAUUUUGGCCUACAAUUCCCAGAAAUCCCAGCCAAUUUACCAGCUGUUAGGAUUUCUGGGAGUUGAAGGCCAAAAACAUCUGGGGACCCCAGGUUGAGAACCACUGCUAACAGAUCAUUCUGUAGGUUGCCUUCUGCUUCUUAUUCACAAAACUGAAAAAGAGCUAUUGGUCUGCACUUUCAAUUUGGGAAAUGGAGGAGGGACACUGACUUAAGUGUCGGGGAAUAUAUAUAUAUGUUGGAAGUAAUGGCAGCUGGUGUCUGUGAAUCUGCUCUGGGUUUUAGUCCAGGUUUUAGCUGAGGCAUUCAGGAUCCUGGAUUUAUUCUGGAUACAAGGUGUAACACUUUUGUAGCUCCCCAGAUGGAAACCUGGAGUAGAUUCAUUGCCCCACCAGUAGCCGUCAGCUAUUACCACCUGGAAACAUAUUUCUGUAUAUGCCAGAUUUCUGUAACCUGGGAUUGAUACUUCAAAAAGCAAUGUAUCCCUCAUUGGACGUUUUUACAAGCAAGAUGUUAAUAGUGAUUAACAUAUAACAAUGCAUUACUAACAUAUUGUUGUCAGUAUUUGUUUGUUUGUUUGUUUGUUUAAUACUGCAACUUACAGAACUUUGCAAAAAUAUAAUUUCUGCAAUAAAGAGUGUGACACAUUA